AUUAAGAGGAAACAGAGGUAGUUUAUACUAUGUACUCCACGCGAGUAACCAAGUUGCUAACACAACAUAAUAUAACUAAUUGAAUUUUUAAAAAAUUAUUUUGUCAUUACUGACCAGCUUAUAACAAAGAAAUUGUCGUCCAGCUCUUCAUCAAUGAUGACUAGCUAAUAUAGGUGUGUCCACUUGACAUUAUUGUCUAUAAAUUCAUACACUAAGAUAUGGUCUUUCUUAUACAAUAACAAAAAAAAAAAAAACAAAUGUCUACUCUUUUCACAUCUUUGUUACUAAUUCUUUCUCUUCUUCUCAUACUAUCCUUAUCUCAAGCUCAAGUUCCUCCCUCUUCUACAUUCAAGCAUGUCAACCAAGGUGAUUUCGGCGAUUACAUUGUUGAAUACGACGGUAAUUACCGUGCCCUAGACAUAUUUUCUAGCCCAUUUCAACUAUGUUUUUACAACACUUCAGCAAAUGCAUACACCCUUGCCCUACGUAUCGGUUUGGUUCGGUCUGAGUCACUUUUCCGAUGGGUUUGGGAGGCGAAUCGAGGCAACCCGGUUGGUGAAAACGCGACAUUCUCCCUCGGGACAGAUGGCAACCUCAUAUUGGCUAACGCCGAUGGCCGGAUCGCUUGGCAAACCAAUACAGCCAACAAGGGUGUCGUAGGGUUCAAGUUACUUCCCAAUGGUAACAUGGUGUUACAUGAUGUUAAGGGUAAAUUUAUUUGGCAAAGUUUUGAUUUUCCUACUGAUACUCUCUUAGUGGGCCAAUCUCUUCGACUUGGUGGGCCUACUAAGCUCGUAAGUCGGGCCUCGGCUGAAGUUAAUUCUAAUGGUCCUUAUACUUUUGUCAUGGAACCAAGGGUACUAACAAUGUACUAUAAAAGCCCAAAUAGCCCAAAACCACUUUUGUACUUUAGUAUGCUAGAUCUUGCCAAAAGCUCCCUUAAAGAAGUAACGUUUAGUUGCUCCCCUGAAAAUGAUGACAACUAUGCUUAUGAUAUAACGUUUGCAUAUCAAAGUGUAGAUGGAUCAAUUGGAGGUACCGCAGAGAUUGCAAGGCCGAAAUAUAAUAGCACAUUGUCCAUGUUAAGGGUUGGAAUUGACGGGAAUUUAAGGGUGUACACUUACUCAGAUAAGGUAGAUUGGGCCGCUUGGGAAGUGACUUUUACAUUGUUUGCUAGGACCUCGCAGUAUGGGCUAUGGGAGACCGAGUGCCAAUUGCCCGAAAAGUGUGGAAAAUUUGGGUUAUGUGAUGAGGAUAGCCAAUGUGUGGCAUGCCCUACACCCAAAGGGCUACUAGGAUGGAGCAAGAAGUGUGAGCAACCAAAGCCAAGUUGUGGUAGUAAAAAUUACUAUAAACUUGAAGGUGUUGAACAUUUCUUAAGCAAGUUUACUAAAGGUGAUGGUCCUAUGACAAUUGAUGCUUGUGGGAUGAAAUGUACUAAAGAUUGCAAGUGUUUGGGAUAUUUCUACCAUCAAGAAACUUCAAGGUGUUGGAUUGCAUAUGAUAUUAAGACUAUUACUAAAGUGUCUAAUAUGAAGCAUGUGGGAUACAUCAAAGUUUGAAUUCUGAUCACUAUAUUUAGAUAAAUAAUCAAUUAUUAGAUUGUCAGUGUACUUUUAAUUAAAAUCACUAUGAAUUAUAAAAAAUUAAUGAAGCAAGUACGACAUACAUAUACUAAGUUUAUUUUGACGCACCCAUGUUAUAUUAGAUCGUCGUCCGAAUGAGUUUUUCUUGUAACCUUGACCAAGGUUUGUUUCAUUCUUAUUCAUUAGAAUAAUGGUUGUAUGAGGUAUA